CCACAAGCAGCGAAGAAUCGCCCGACCCAAAACCUUAUUGCCUUGCUGGCUGCAAUGGUCACCAGCCCUCUCCGGCUACUCCCCGUGCUCUUGUCGCUCUGUAUAAUCUCCAUCAUCCACCUGUGUCCUGGCGUCGUCUCCACUUCGCCCCUCUCCUUCGACGUGCAGUUCAUACCGUGGGGCUACGACCCACAGGAAGUCGGCUUCCAUCAGAUCAUCGCCCCAAGAAACCUCAGUAGCAGAAUCCAUGCGAGCCGUCCGUACACGGCCCACCAGAAGAGUCAAGUGCUCCCUCGCAAGAAGCGGAAGAAGUUCGUGCCUGACAGGUGCGACUGCUCAAAGCAGAUCGACGGGGUGAUGUACAUGCGCCCGGCGCCGCUCCGGGACGAGGCCACCGGCGACGUCGCAAGCUUCAAGAUGACCUUGUGUUACAGAAUCAACCCUCGUCAAGCAGAUGAUGGUACCGAAUUCAACCACGGUGGCCGCAACAUUGGUCUGUUCCUGUUCCUCGUACCUUACCCCUGGAAUUCCAAUGAUGAGAGGAUAGAGGUUGGGCUCCACAGCAAGUGCAUAGAGGCGAAGAUGAAGCAGUACAGCAGCAUCGGCGGUGACGCAGUAGUGUGUGCCCAUGUCCACUACGACAGCGCCAAGGAGCUGCUGAUCACCAACGUCCUCGUGGACGACCAUUCCUGCACCUGCGGAAGGAAACUCAACCGGAGCAGCAUGCCCAGGGAGGCGGCCGUCGGUUUUGCCUCGAUCAACGCCGGCGACCCGAUUGAGCUGCGAAACAUUAUUACCUGGGCGUUCCAUUCCAAGCUGGAGUCCAAGGAUCCCCCGCUGAUGACGACGCAGCCUGCUCAAGUGGAAACCCCAACCGGCGGUGAGGAGAGCUCCUGGCCGAUAGACAGGGGGCAGCAGCGAUUCCGUGUGGAUCCUUGGACUAGGAACGCUGAAUUGAAUCUACAGUACCAGCGGAACUGGCAACGGAAUUGGCAGCUCACAUGUAGUCUCAGCAUCUCUGUAGGCUAUGGAAACACAAAUGGUGACAUGGAUUAGAAUUCAAGCUACCAAUUCUACCUGCAGGCUAGGGGGUAUAUGAAACCUAAUGAAAAAUUGAAGUAAUAUGAAAAAGAAAACUUAGAUGCAGGUGGUUUUUUU